AUGUCGUUGUUGCUUCGGCAUGCAGGGGUUGGCUCGCUCACGGCCGCGGACUCCCGACUUCCUCCGCAGGUGAAGAGACGGACGAUGACGGCCAUCGAGCUCGAACGCGCGAACCUCGCGAAGGUCAAGGCGUCCAGCAAGCUCGUCAAGCGAUUCGGCUACCACGAACAGGUGGAGCGCGGGCGCAAACCUUCGUCCACCUCUCGGACGACGACGGCACCCGCGAAGAAGGAGAAUCGAGGGCGCGACGCGAACGCGCCGGCUCUUCGCGAGGGCGAGUGGGACUCCUGGGACAUCGCCGCCCCGGCCGACGGCGGCGGCGCGCGACCUUCCUCCGGUGACGUCCCACCGUGGCGCACCCCCGCGCGUCGACUCGCCGAGUGCGAAGCCGCCGCGACGGAGGCGAUGGAAAACGAAAACUGGUCCGCCGCGCUCUCCAUCUUGACGCGAUGCGUCCCGCUGGCCAAGGCGCACGCGGCAGCCGCCGAGGCCGUCGGCGGUGCGCUCACCCGCGUCGAGGCCACGGCGCUGUCCCGCGCGCACUUUAACAUCGCCAGGGUGUACGAGCGAAGCCGCGGCGUUGGACUCUACGCGCACAGCUGUACGGAUUCGUUCGCCGACACGAUGAGCCGACGAGCUUUUCGCAGGGACAGAGACGCGCAGGCGGCCGAGCGCGACGGCCUCAACGAGGCGGUGGCCCACCUCCGGCUCGCCGUCGCCUCCGCGAGUGUAUCGUCGAGGUCGACGGGGGACGACUCGAGCGGUCGCGUCGCGAGGGCGCUGGCGGAGUGCAAACUUCGCGCCAGGGCGGAACUCGGCCCGAAGCUGCUCGCCGUCGGCGACGUGGCGGACGCCGCCGAGGUGGCGCGCAGGGGCCUCGCGUCCUGCGCCGAAAGUCGCGUCGACGGGGACGAAGGAAAAGACGAAGACGAAGACGCGGGCGCGCCUCGGGUGGGGACCCGACGGGACGCCGCGACGUUCCUGUUCCUCGCCGGGGAUUGCGAGCGCGCGCUGGGCGAGGCGGCUGCCGACGCCGCGACGCGGGCCAGACGGGCCAAACGAGAGUGCGCGCGCGGACACGAUCGCGAGCGACGAGCCGCGAUGGACGCGGCGAGACGCGCCGCCAUCGCGGAAGCCGAGGACGUCGCCGCGAACGCCAAACGAGUCGCCGCGAGAGCCGCGCUGUACGAGCGCACGUCCCACACGCACACCGAGGGGGAGAAGGCGAGGCGGGAAAAGACGGCGGCGUUGGCGACGGCGAUGGCGCACUCGGGGGCGGCGGCGGAGAUGAUCGCGACGGAGGGGGCGGGCGCGGCACAGCUGGCGGCGGCUUCGAGGCCCGGAUAUUUGCACAACGACUACGCCGCCGCCGCCGCGUUCGCGGCGCGGGCGGAGGAGGAGCUCGCGGCGCACGAGCGGGCUCGGACAAACGCCAAGGCCGAGGCGAGGAGACGGUUCGUAUCCGCCGAGUCGUUUUACGCUCGAGCGGAACGCGCGUUGUUGGGUCGCGACGGUCGCACGCGCGGUGUCGACGAGGGGGGACGCGAACCGUCGUUGCUGGACGCCGACGCUGUCCGCCUCGGCGACGCGCGGCGUGCGCUCCGCCGCGCCGAACGCGAUUGGCCGAGGGCGGCGGAGCAGUGCGAGCUGCUGCUGGCGCUGGCGGAGGCAAACGGCGGGGUCUUACCGGGCCGGACGAAUGUGACGACUUAUCGGGGAAGCGACGGGAGCGACGAGGACGGCGACGCCGUGGCGGCGCUUCAGUCGGAGCUCGCGGAGAUUUGCGUCGCCGGGAAGAUGUUCGAAAGGGCUCGCGCGUGGGCGCAGGCGGCGGUGGCGACGACGGAGGCUCGCGCCGCAUUCGCCCUCUCGAAGCUCGGGGAUGAAAAGUCGGGAACGAAACCCCGGCACUCGCGGGCGUCCAUCCGCGCGAGACUGAACCUGGCGGCGAUCGUCGCCAAGUCCGGGGACGUCCUCGGCGCGGUGGACGCGUUCAGGAAGAUCGCGGAUGACGUCACGGCGUAUCGCGUGUUUCCGGAGGUGUCGUUGGAGAGGGCUGAGUGUUACUCGGCGCUAGGAGGCGCGUGCUUCGCGGCGAGCGAUCGCGCCGUCCCGGACGGGGACGAAAAGUCGGCACCCGGGGACGGGGACGGGGACGGGGACGACGGGGACGACGGGGACGAGUACGACGACGCGAGGGAGGAACUUUCGCGAAGGCGUCGGCGCCGCGCUCGGGCCGCGUCGCUCGCGCUGCUCGCCGAGGCCGACUCGAGUUACGAGCUCGCGGCGAAAAUCUUUCGCUCGAUCGAGGGGAGCGUCGGUUCCGCCGCGUACGAGGAGCUGGUGGUUCGCAUGGACCUCGUGGACGACGCGAUCGCGGAGGAGAGGCGCAAGGGACGCGAGGACCGCGAGAGGGCGUCGCUGUAG